AUGGCGUCUUCUCUCAAAAUUGAGAGUCUCCUUGGUCUGCUCACCAUUCGAUUGAACGAUAUCUCAAAUGGAGCCAUUAGCUCGAAGAUUUGCUUCAAGGAUGAGGAAUGUGUUACUUCUGAGAUUACUGAGGCUUACAAGGCAUGGUUGUGUACUGAUAAAGCCUUAUUGAGCUUGCUUAUUGCCUUUCUCUCUGACGAGGCAAUCGAGUAUGUCAUCGGUGGUGGCACACAACACGAAAGGCAUGGCUCAAUCUUACAGAUCAAUGAUGAUUUCAUUAUAGCAGCACUGAAUGGUUUACCACAGGAAUACGAUAUGAUCAAGACAGUCUUGAUUGCUCGUGAUACCCCGAUUUCUUUCAAAGAUUUCAGAGCUCAACUUCUUGCGGCUGAACAGACUGCUGAGGCGAAAAUCAUUACUCAUUUUGCCAUGUUUACUCCACAUUCCAUAUCCAAUGCUUCUAAUGCACCUGCCUCUAUGGGCUAUGACGGUGCUUCCUCCUAUUUUGUGCAUUCUGGUCAAGGUUUGCUUGCUACAUCGGUUCAAGGACCAAUUGGCUAUCUUGGGGGUGCUCCUUAG